AUGGACUUGACAAAGAUUGUUGUCAUCACCGGCGCCAACACGGGCAUCGGCUUCGAGACCGUGAAGUCGCUGCUGCGCUCGAAUCAGCGAUAUUAUAUCUUCCUAGGCGGGCGCAAUCUAGAGAAAGCCCAGGCGGCUUCCAAGCAACUUUUUUCCGAAUCCGCCCAUCACGUACUGGAGCCGUUCCAGGUAGAUGUCGAGAGCGAUGAGUCAAUCGAGGCCGCGUUCAAGCAUAUCGCGUCCAAGUACAACCGAAUAGACUGCCUGAUAAAUAACGCCGGCGCUUGUUUCGAUGCGUACAUUGACAAAGAUAUGGCAACCCGCCAGGCAUGGAACAAAUCCUGGGACGUCAAUGUGACUGGAGCCCAUAUCAUGACUACCACAUUUCUCCCAUUGCUGCUUAAUUCUCAAGAUCCCCGCUUGCUCUUCAUCACCAGUGGGCUGUCCUCACUGCAAGCUGCAUCAGACACGACUGAUCCGAAAAAUGUCAUCCCGGCCGCGGGGCUUCCCAAGCAACUGCCGUUUGUUGGGUACCGGUCCGCAAAGGUAGGCCUUAACAUGUUGAUGGUAGAAUGGACAAAGGCAUUGAAGAAGGAUGGCGUGAAAGUGUGGGCAGUCGCUCCCGGCUUAUUGGCGACCUCUCUAGGUGGCAGCACUGAGCUCUUGAAGAAGCUUGGUGCGCAGGAUCCAAGUAUCGGAGGCAAUACUAUCCGGAGGGUAGUUGAGGGUGAGAGAGACGCCGACGUUGGGAAUGUGGUGCGAGAAUAUGGUUCACCUAUCCAGCCAUGGUGA